AUGAUUUGUUGGCCAUGUUCCACCCCGGCAGCGGAAGGCUAUUGUACACCAAACAUCGAGCCCGUGAUCUCCAAAUUACCGAGCAUCCAAAAUUCUCCUGAGUUCGAAGUCAAUUGGGAAGCCAACGACCCUGAAAAUCCUCGUUUGUGGCCACUUUGGUAUAAAAGUCUGACCGUCGCGGUCAUGAGUCUGAGCACGACAGUCGUCAGUCUAUCAAGCACCCUAUACACAUCCGGUAUACCUGGGGUGCAAAAAGAAUUUGGUGUUUCCAAGCUCGCAGCCCUUGCCGGUGUCACAACUUACAUGUUUGGCAUGGCUAUCGGCGGCGUUGUGUUUGCUCCGCUGAGCGAACUGGUCGGUCGGAGGCCAGUCUAUAUUGCCGCAAUGACGGCCUUUCUCCUAUUCCUACUGCCGCCUGCAUUGGCGCAUAACAUUGAAACCAUCCUUGUGAGCAGGUUCUUUGGUGGGCUCUUUGGAAGUGCUCUGAUGUCGAACUCACCCGCGUCCGUGAAUGAUAUUAUAUCGGAUGAACACCGGGCGUUGGCAUUUGGCUUCUGGUCAAUUGGCCCUACCAACGGACCUGUUUACGGUCCGAUUAUUGGGGGCUUUGUCUACGAAUAUCUCGGGUGGAGAUGGACACAUUGGAUUGUGCUCAUCAUCGGAGGUGGCGUCAUCGUCGUGUUGGCGUCUAUCAAGGAAACCUAUGCCCCGGUGAUUCUGAGACGGCGUGCAAAGCAGAGGAUAGUAGAAACGCAAAAUCCAAAAUGGUGGACACGAUAUGAUGGCGGACAGGACUUCAAGUUAUCCCUGCGAGCAAGUAUGAGCCGGCCAUUUGUGAUGCUUCUCACAGAGCCAAUCUGUAUAUUUUGGGACGUCUAUGUCGCACUUGUCUACGGCAUACUCUAUCUAUGUUUCGUUGCCUAUCCGAUCGCCUUCCAGCAGGAGCGCGGAUGGUCACCAGGAAUCGGCGGCCUUGGGUUCAUCGGUAUAGGUGUCGGAGUGCUGAUAGCCAUUGCGUGUGAGCCAUUAUUCCGCAAAGUCAUCAACUCGCAUCGAAAGUCUGAUGAUGGCAACGUACCACCAGAGGCUAUGGUCAGUAUCGUUACUCUUGGUGCGAUCCUUCUCGCCGUUGGACAGCUAUGGUUCUCCUGGACGUGUACACCAAAUGUCCACUGGAUCAUCCCCAUCCUGGCUGGACUUCCGUUUGGCGCUGGGAAUGCAUGCGUCUUUAUCUACGCCUCUAACUAUCUCGCCCGCUCAUAUGGUAUCUACGCGGCAUCAGCUCUGGCGGGCAAUAUGUUUGUACGCAGUGUCAUGGGAGCGUGUCUACCCCUUGCAGGUCCGACUAUGUACGGAAAUCUUGGUCUGAACUGGGCUGGCACUCUUCUUGGUCUGGUGGAGGCUGUGUGUAUCGCAAUUCCUGUUAUUUUUUACUUCUACGGGCAUAAUAUUCGCAAGGCCAGCCGUCUUAUUACCGAGGUCGAACGAUUCGUUGCGGCCUAG